AUGUAUCGAUCUGGCAAGCAAGGCGAGAAACCUGAUAUCCUCACCCGCCGUUCCCAGGACCUCCCGCAGGGCGCAGACGACACGCGCGAGAAAGAACGCUUCCAAGUGUUACUUCCAACGCAGCAUCUAGAUGAAGCGGUCCAAAAAGAUCCACGUGUA